UCCCCUGCCCUGGCCAUCCCGGUGGCUCACUGAGCGAACUCACUGGACGCGGCCGGGCUAUGACCCUAGGAGCGCUGCUGCUGCCGCUGCUGCUGGGGGCGCCGUUCGCCCCGGGCGCCCGCGGCUCGGAGGCAGAAGGCCGGCUCCGCGAGAAACUUUUCUCGGGCUAUGACAGCUCGGUGCGGCCAGCGCGCGAGGUCGGAGACCGCGUCAGGGUCAGCAUUGGUCUCCGACUGGCGCAGCUCAUCAGCCUGAACGAGAAGGAUGAGGAGAUGAGCACAAAGGUGUACUUAGACCUGGAGUGGAAUGACUACAGGCUGAGCUGGGACCCCGCCGAGUACGAAGGCAUCGAUUUACUCCGCAUCACGGCUGGAUCCGUGUGGCUCCCAGAUGUGGUGCUACUGAACAACAAUGACGGCAAUUUUGACGUCGCGCUGGACAUUAACGUCGUGGUAGCCUCCGAUGGCUCCGUGCGCUGGCAGCCCCCUGGCAACUAUCGCAGUAGCUGCAGCAUCCAGGUCACCUACUUUCCCUUUGACUGGCAGAACUGCACCAUGGUGUUUCGUUCCUAUAGCUAUGACAGCUCAGAGGUCAGCCUGCACACUGGUGUGGGCCUGGAUGGGCAGGAACGGCAGGAAGUGGACAUUCAUGAAGGGACCUUCAUUGAGAACGGCCAAUGGGAGAUUAUCCACAAGCCUUCUCGGCUGAUCCAGCCUCCAGUGGAUCCCAGGGGAGUGGGAGAGGGACAGCAUCAAGAAGUCACCUUCUACCUCAUCAUUCGCCGGAAACCUCUCUUCUACCUGGUCAAUGUCAUUGCCCCAUGCAUCCUCAUCACUCUCCUGGCCAUCUUCGUCUUCUACCUGCCGCCAGAUGCAGGAGAGAAGAUGGGGCUCUCAAUCUUUGCCCUGCUGACUCUUACUGUGUUCCUGUUGCUGCUGGCAGACAAAGUGCCUGAGACCUCCCUGGCUGUCCCCAUCAUCAUUAAGUACCUCAUGUUUACCAUGGUCCUCGUCACCUUCUCAGUCAUCCUUAGCGUUGUUGUUCUCAACCUGCACCAUCGCUCACCUCACACCCACCAAAUGCCCCUUUGGGUCCGUCAGAUCUUCAUCCACAAGCUGCCUCUGUACCUGGGUCUGAAGAGGCCCAAGCCUGAGAGAGACCAGAUGCCGGAGCCAGCCCCUGCAGCCCUCAGGGAGUCUCCGGGGAGUGGCUGGGGUCGGGGUACAGAUGAAUACUUCAUCCGGAAGCCACCGAACGAUUUUCUCUUCCCCAAACCCAACAGGUUCCAGCCUGAAUUGUCUGCCCUGGAUCUACGGCGAUUUAUCGAUGGUCCAAACCGGGCCGUGGGCCUGCCCGCCGAGUUACGGGAGGUCGUUUCCUCGAUCAGUUACAUCGCUCGACAGCUGCAGGAACAGGAGGACCACGAUGCGUUGAAGGAAGACUGGCAAUUUGUGGCCAUGGUAGUGGACCGCCUCUUCCUGUGGACCUUCAUCAUCUUCACGAGUGUCGGGACCCUCGUCAUCUUCCUGGACGCCACAUACCACUUGCCCCCGCCCGACCCCUUUCCCUAGGACCUAGAGUCAAGACCUAAGUCCUCGGUCAGCUGAAUUGAGAGUUUGGCUCUGUCCCUUUCUGCCUCUUAACUCCUUCACUAGGGAUCCAGUCGUGUCAUUCUGUUUCCAGGGAGAACCUAAGUGGGAGUGGGCAUACGGAAGCCUUGGGCCCUCCAGAAAUGCACUAUCAGUUUAUUUACUCUUUGGCUUCUU